GAGUUGUGAGGCCGGAUAUUACCACGCACAGUGUGAAUAAGGAGUUGUGAGGCCAGAUAUUACCAUGCACAGUGUGAAUAAGGAGCUGUGAGGCCGGAUAUUACCACGCACAGUGUGAAUAAGGAGCUGUGAGGGCGGAGACUGCGAUGCACAGUGUGUACAUGGAGCUGUGAGGGCGGAGACUGCGAUGCAUGGUGUGUACAUGGAGCUGUGAGGGUGGAGACUGCGAUGCACAGUGUGUACAUGGAGCUGUGAAGGCGGAGACUGCGAUGCAUGAAGUUGGGGGGUCACGUGGGGAGAGGCAGUCAUUCCCGCACAUGCGCACUGCGCUGCCGGGGGCGGGCCUUCCCUGGCGCUCAGGAAGAGGCAGGCACAACAUGGAGGUGUGGGCACUUAGUACUUUCUACUUCCUCCUUUUCGCCGCACCUGGUGGCGGUCACGUCAGCCCCCGACCAGUCACGGGAGAUUGCUCAGAUUUUACAAAUACAUCUUGUGAACAGUGCUUGGAAAAUGUUGAUUGUCUCUGGUGUUUUGUUGAUCAGCGUUGUAUGAAAUACCCUGUUGAAAGUAUAAUUCCACCUAACUCAAUAUGUCCUUUACGCCAAGCUCGUUGGGGAGUUUGCUGGGUGAACUUUGAAUCCUUGAUUAUUGCAAUAUCUGUGGUUGUGGUACUCAUUCUGCUUCCUUUGGUGUGCUGCUGCUGUUACUGCUGUUGCAAGAAGAAAGUAUGUUGCUGUUGCAAGAAGAAACCCCACAGUCAUGAUGAAGUGGAAGUGAGACUGGCCAAGCAGCAAGAGGGGAGAAUGCAACAAAGGGAGGAAAGAAAGGCUGAAAGAAGAGCACAAUACAAUGAAAUCCGCAAGAAAUAUGGUCUUAUUCAGGAUUCUGAUCACCCGUAUAGCAGGUUUGAAAAUGAAUAAAGAGACUCAACCUUUAACUGGAUGUUCAAGAAUGGCUAAAUGGGUUAAAGUGGCUGUCUGUUGUUGCAACCUGCUAGUCAAUAAAUCUGUCAUUGCAUGUUAAAACGUAGCUGUCUAUCUUCACAUUAAUAUUUAUUUCACAUUAAAAAUCAUAUCAGAUGAUGAGCCAUUUUCAUAUCAUGGCUCUUUUAGUAUGAUUUAUGCAUUUGUAAUGUAGAAAGCCCUGAAAUUCUAAUGAACUAACAGGGUAAGAAAUAUGUCAAAUUGUCUUUUGAAAGUUGAUGUAUCUCUUCUGAUUUCCAACUGUCAUGUGGCAAAUUGCACUUCUGUACAGAAACUGACAAGGUUAUCAUAUAUUUUUAUUGGAGUGACGAUUGUAUUGAGAAGUCCUCCUAGCUUAUUGCCUUAUCUAGAUUGCCUUACUUGCACAGUGUUGUUAAAGAUGAAAAUUAAAAUUAACAUGCUGUAUUCUUGGUUUUAUUUUAAUAUUUCACAUUUUCUAAUUUGAUUUAUACCAAAACCAAUCCACCAUAUCCUAAAAAUGCUGUAUUUGUUCAAAAUGACAUGUUUCUAAUUUAGCAUAUGUGACAUUGAAUACACCUUUUUUUGUUAAAGCUAAAGGUUCAGAUGCAUUCAUGUUUUGAAUCCAUAGGUUGUUGGUGUCAAAGUCACACUGUGUUCUGAGGUAUUAAUGUGCAGGCCAUUCCAUACUACUAUGUAAAAUAAAAACAGAAAAUAUUGGAAAUACUCAGCAAGCCAGGGAGCACCAAUGGAGAGAGAAACAACAUUAAUGUUUCAGAUUAAUGAUCUUUCAUCAAAACUUGAUCCACAUUAUUAUAUCUUGUUUUAUAUUAUGCACGUAGCCUUAACUUGUUUCAAAGGGAGUACUAGUAGAUAUCCGAAAUUCAAUUAGAACCGGUAGAAAUAUUUCUAAAUCAUAGUUUGUUCUAGUAAUAAUUGUAAAAUUGUAAAUUUUGGUGGUUCUGAAAAGAAAUGUUUGUGUACAUUUGGAGUCUUACCACAAUAAUUAGCUGCAUGCAGCAUUGCAAUGGUUAAAAACAAAUUUUGUUAUUUCUGUGACACAAUUUGUAUAGCGGGGUAAUUAUCACCUGCUUAAAAAUACAAAUCUUAAAUGGCAAACCAUUAUUACAAAUCAAAAUUGUUUUGAAAUUUAUAAUAGACAAAAUCUUUGCACAUCAGUUCAAAUAUUGAGAUACUUUUAAAUCACUGUGAUAUUCAAUUACAAGAAUGCAAAAUUGCUGCAAUUUAGUAUGUUUUUCUUACAAAUCAAGUUCAACCAAAUUUAUGUUUAUCAAUAGAGAUGUCUACAAAUAAAUGCCACAAGGAGUAAGAAAUUUAAUCUGUUCUACAUCAUACAUUCUGUAUUUCCUCAGUAUUUUCAAUGAAUUGUAAUAGGUUUAUAUAUGUAUUAUUUCCCACUCUGUAAUAAAAUUGUUUGUGUACAAAA